AACCUUCCACCUCCCCCUCUCCCUAUUUAUUUAUCUCUGUUCACUGCUAUUGAUAGGAUCAUAGCUUCCAUCAAACAUGAGCGAGAAGUGCAUUCGAAGGGCCAUAUCCGAUGUUUCUGCUGAGUCACAGAGGAUGACAAUCGAGGAAGGCGACACCAGAAGUGAAGCUACUCAGGUUGAACAGUCCCGGUGCGAGUGCUGUGGAUUCUUGGAGGAGUGUACUGCUAGUUACAUCCAGCAAGUCAGCGAUUCUCAUUCUGGGAAAUGGGUUUGCGGGAUCUGUUCAGAAGCAGUUAAAGAAAGGAUUAAACGAGUUCCGAGAACGGCCAUGGAAGAAGCACUGAGCUCUCACAAGGAUUUGUGUGAAAGAUUUAACACUACUACUAGGCAGAAUCCCAAGCUGUCUUUGACUAUGACAAUGAGGGAGUUGGCCAGGAGAAGUGCUCACCAAAGGAAUGACCACAGCUCCAUGAAACCCAGAAUUGGUCGAACCAGCAGCUGUGCUCCCAGGAUUGAAUAGACCGGUUGAAUGGUAUUAUGUGUAGUAAGUGUGAAAUGUAAAUUGCUUUUGUUCAUUCUAAGGUAAUAAAUUGAAGAAAAAACCCUUGUCUAUAAUAUAA